UCUUUUCCAGUUAUAUAUAGGACGGAGCCACGGAGCACGGACACCAAGAUCUUGUGGAGAGAAACUUGAGCCAAAGAUCGUAGACAUAGAAACAGGAGGUCAUAGCCCCGUCGGGUGAACGUGCACCAUGAGCAACAAAUAUGAUGUGAUCGUAGUGGGAGGAGGAAUCUCAGGUAUGGCAGCAGCCAAGCUGCUUCAUGAAUCUGGACUGAGUGUUGUAGUUCUAGAGGCCCGGGAUCGAGUAGGUGGAAGGACUUAUACUGUACGAAAUAAACAUGUUAAAUAUGUAGACGUUGGAGGAUCCUAUGUUGGACCAACCCAGAAUCGUAUAUUGAGGUUGUCUAAAGAACUGGGAAUAGAGACCUACAAAGUGAAUGAAGUACAGCGUCUCAUCCACCAUGUCAAGGGCAAAAGUUAUCCCUUCAAAGGUCCAUUUCCUCCUGUAUGGAACCCUAUUGCAAUCUUGGAUCAUAAUAACCUAUGGAGAACGAUGGAUGAAAUGGGAAAACAGAUUCCAAGUGAUGCUCCCUGGAAAGCACCUCUUGCAGAAGAAUGGGACUCCAUGACCAUGAAGGAGCUAUUGGAUAAGAUCUGCUGGACUGAAUCUGCCAAACAGCUUGCUAUUCUUGUUGUGAACCUCUGUGUCACUGCUGAGCCACAUGAAAUCUCUGCCCUGUGGUUCCUGUGGUACGUGAAACAGUGUGGGGGCACAACCAGGAUUAUGUCAACUACCAAUGGAGGACAGGAAAGGAAGUUUAUUGGAGGUUCUAGUCAAGUUAGUGAGAAGAUAAUGGAACUUCUUGGAGACCGAGUAAAGUUGGAAAGUCCUGUAGUUCACAUUGAUCAGUCAGGUGAAAAUGUUAUUGUGGAGACACUGAACCAUGAGAUAUAUGAGGCCAAAUAUGUCAUUAGUGCUGUUCCUGCACCAUUGGGUAUGAAGAUUCAUUUUAAACCACCUUUACCAAUGAUGAGAAACCAAUUGAUUAGUCGUGUUCCUAUGGGUUCAGUCAUCAAAUGUAUGGUAUAUUACCAAGAACCUUUUUGGAGGAAAAAGGAUUACUGUGGAACCAUGAUCAUUGAAGAUGAAGAAGCUCCAAUUGCCUACACUUUAGAUGACACCAAGCCUGAUGGUUCUUAUGCUGCCAUAACAGGAUUUAUUCUUGCCCACAAAGCAAGAAAACUGGCACAUCUUACCAAAGAAGAAAGGAAAAGGAAACUCUGUGAACUCUAUGCAAAGGUUUUGGGAUCAAAAGAAGCACUCAAACCAGUGCAUUAUGAAGAAAAGAACUGGUGUGAAGAACAAUACUCCGGAGGCUGCUACACCACUUAUUUCCCACCAGGGAUAAUGACUCAGUAUGGGAGGGUUCUCCGCCAGUCAGUUGGCAAGAUUUAUUUUGCCGGAACAGAGACUGCUACCCACUGGAGUGGAUAUAUGGAAGGAGCAGUGCAAGCAGGAGAGAGGGCAGCCAGAGAGGUACUACAUGCUAUGGGGAAAAUUCCAGAAGAUGAAAUCUGGCAGUCAGAACCAGAAUCUGAGGAUGUGCCAACCCUGCCAAUCACCACCACCUUCUUGGAAAGGAACUUGCCUUCUGUGCCAGGACUUUUGAAGCUGAUUGGAUUUUCUUUAGCCUUCUCUUCAGCUGCUGCUCUUAUCUCUUCCUAUAAAGGGUUCUUCUUCAGAAAGUGAAGAAGCCCCCAGAUAAUGUUGCAUGCUUUUUGGGGAGAACUUAGAACACUUAGACUCCCCAUUUCAGAAAGUGAAUUAGUGGGUGGUGAUUGUUAUUGUUUUAAUUGCAAAAUCUGUCCAUGCUAUCAAGUCUUCUAUCUGACUUUUAAAACCUCCUAUCAAAUCUAUCUCAUCAGUUUCUUUGCUUGCUAUUCUCAGACUUCAGCCAAGAAAAUUCACUUACUGUGCUGCUUCUCACUAUCUCGGACCAUUGUGAUUUUCUUAAUUACUUAAUUUCUUAAAAGCAGUUUCUUAAUUGCUUAAUUCUUAAUUCUUCCUUCUUUUCCCACCUUCUCUCAAAGAACCAUAGAAUGGAAAGGAAUACUAAACUACAUCUAAUCAACUACUUUAUUCUGAGGAGCUGAGGCCCCAAAAGGUGAUUUCCUACAGUGAGGAGUCUCUCCUGUUUUCUACAUUCAGUCCUCAUUCUAUGAAACCUUUGAUUUAAAACAUUAUCAGUAAAUAAUCCCAGUUAACUAGUAUACUCUUUCAUAUGUUCACUGGGUGCCUAUAUACUGUGUACUGUGUUAAUUCAUGCUAAUUGUAUGUUAUUCUCUGUAUUUGCCUCUAAUUUUCCUCUGUGUACUCCCCAGUCUGAUAGUAGAUAUAUUGCUUUCUAUUUCUUUCAUAUUAUGAAAUGCUUAUUGUAAUCAUCAAUGCUAAUUAAUCAUUCAAUAAAAAGUGCUCACUGCA